AUGUAAAAGUUAAUAUUAGAAUAUGAAGCCAUCUUAUAUAUUGAACCAUAUUUGGAUUAAUAGACAGAAGAAAUUAAUAAGAGAGAUUUAUUAAAAAUGUGUGUUGAUCGUAUUAAGGCUUAUUAGAGAGUGAAUUAGUACAAUAUUAAUAUAAAUCUUAAAGGUUAUAUAGUUAGUUUGAGGAGACUGAUUAAUUAAAAGACUAAUCAAAAUUAAUAGAUUUAUAUUCGAAAGCUAUCAAAUAAUAUACUGAAUAUGGUUGUUAUAAAGGGAAUGAUAAAUUUUGGAUUGAAGAUAAUGCCGCGCACUUUUUUUUAGAAUUGGCUUAUUCUGACUCAGAUGAGAGAAUUAAUGAAUUUAUUAGAUACUAAAAGCAAUUAUUUUAAAUAAGAUGUGAGGAAUAACUUAAGAAUGAUGAAACAAAUGAUAGAUUAAUAAAAAUCUAUAAAUAAUUAUUAGGAGAUGAUCAAAUAUCAAAUAUAUCUAAAUAAGAAUGGGAAGAAGAUGUACCAAAAUAAUUAAGAUUAUUCAAUUAAGUUGAUAUUUUAGGAAAACAUGUAAUAUUGGGAACUGGUAAAUCAUAACUCAGAAUCUUCAACAAUGCUAAUAUAUAUCAAAAAUUCUUUAAAGUAAUAAUCUUUAAUAUUUAGACUCCCUUUUAAAAUGUUUUAUAUUCAGUUUCAUCUCUACAUACAUAUAUAAGGAAUGGAUUUGCAUAUAUACAUGUUGAUGAAUUGUAAUUAUAUAUAUGUUAAUCUAAGAAAAAACUGUUUAUUAGAUUUAUUUUUAGGUAGAAUGAAAAAGAGAAUGCAAUCUCAUUAAAAUAAAUAUUAAUAUGAGGAAUUGAAGAAAGAUAAAGAUUUAAUGGACAUGUUUAUGAAAAUUUAAUAAACAGAUUCUGGAAUGUUAAGUUAAAAGUAUUAGAAUUUUGAGUAAGACUCUUUAAAUGCUUUGACAGUUAGAUAAUAAGCUAAGGAGUAAAAUAAAGAAAUAUAUUUUUAGUCAUUUUCCACUUUGUAUGGAAUAUUUGAUAGAUAGAUUAGAAUCUAAUCAUCAUUUAAGACAUGGUGGAAGAUAGUAGAUCCAAUUAUUCUUCAAAUCAGCAGGAAUGAAGAUUAGUGAAACUGUUAAGUAUAUGAAGAGUAAGUAUUUAUAAUAAUAUAAUUAAAGUGCAAUUUCAAUAGAAAAUAAGUGAAUAGGAAUUUGAUAAAUAGUAUUCAUACAAUAUUAGACAUAAUUAUGGAUUAGAAGGAAAGAGAGAGAAUUAUCAAUGUUAUAGUUGUACAUACAAUAUGGUAGAAUUUAUAUUUUUAUGAUUAAGAAAUAAAAUCCUGGAAAUGAUGAAUAUCAUGGAUGUCCAAUUAAGAAUUUCAAUUCAGAUGUCUUAGAAAAAUACUUAAAAUCAAAAAGUUAUGAAGAAACAGAUAUUAAAAGACUUAUUGAAUUAAAAAAGGGAAAUCAUUUUUAAUUGGCUUGCACUGAAAUAUGGCAUUUAAAGAAUAAAGAAAGUUCAAAUACUUUAAUCAUAGACAAUCCUAUUGUAUUUUAUAAGGAAUCUUUGAAUCAUCAUAAAAAAAUAUAAUUAAAAGUUGAAACUGAAGAACCAAAAAAAUGA